AUGUCUCAAGGUUAUUAUCCACCUCAAAAUCAACAGUAUUAUCCUCCUCCUCCACCUCAGGGAUAUGCACCACCACCACCACAACAACAGGUUGUUGUGCAACAACAACCGCCAAAAAAACAGAAAGAUAAUGAAGGAUUAUGUUUAGGAUGUGCUCUCGGUGCAUGUUUAUGCUGUUGCUUUGAAGAAUGUUGUUAA